CUAGAGAGAAUAUUUUGAUAUAACCUUCUCUAUCGUUUCUUCUUCUUUUUUUUUCUUCGUGACAUUCGUCAACUUCCUAAGGAAAUAUGAUAUAAUCGUUUUUACAGGAUAAUCCUUGAUUGAUAAAAUUCCAACGAAGUGAUAAGGAUUGAGAAAUAAUGUAUAAUAAAUAAUAUAAUAAGUGUGAUAUAUGAUCGAAAAAAAAAAAUAUAUAUAUAUAAUAGAAAAUUGUUUUUUUAUCGAUUUCAAAGGUUUAUCAAGAAUUGGUUGAAAAUGAUUGAAAAAACGGUGGAGAAAAUUAGAUUGAAAAAUACCAUGACCAAAUUACAAAUAAUAAAAGCAAAGAAACAAUUGAUUCAAAGAGAACAGCUUGGUGAAGAUCUUCGUCCUAUUGAUUUCGAUCAAUUAAAAAUACAACGUGACGAGUACAAAAAAAAAAUCAAACGGAGUGCUGUAUAUAUACUUCAGAUAAAAAAAGUUAUAGGCCAUUAUAAUACGGCAUUGACUAAACACAAACGAAGACUGGCAUAUCUUACAUCUGAAUUCAAUUCGAUUGCAAGAGAAAUUAAUUCUAACAAACUUCAAGCGAAAGAUUUGGAAUCGAAAUGUUUAAUGAACAAAAUUGAAAUAAAACAUGCUGAAGAACAAGUGAAAUCAAUGAAGACAUUAAUGGAAGAAUAUGAAGUGCCAACAAUAUUAGAUUUCAUCAAAUUAAAAAUGGAGGUUCGUACUUUACAAAAGACAUUCACUUAUUUGAAAAGACGUGCAAAUAUCGAACAAACAAAUUCAACUAAGUAUUAAGCGAAAAAGAAAAUGAAGUAAUAAAAAAAUAAAAAAUAAGAAAAAGAAGAAGAAGAAGA